UAACAUCAAAAGACAUGGCUUAUUUCCUUGUUGCAAUCAUUCAGAUUUUUUAGGGGUAACAGAUUUUUGUUCUGAUUGAAUUAUUCAUAAUCGAAUAGUCCAAUGUACUGUCUAAGGUAGCCGACGUCGUUUGGUGUUUGAAUAUUCGUCUCAUCAAUCCGAUCAAUACUUAGUUCAGACUUCGCGCGUGCUCACGUUUGUCCAACGAAACGUAACUCUUCAGCGAAAAAAGCAAGACAAACCAAAUAUGGAUGAUAGAGGGUGAAGAUUUUUGGGGGCACACGGGUGAAAAAGAAAAGCUGAUGCGCGCGCAUUACGUCCGAUCCGACGCUUUCAAUCCGGGCGAAGGGAGACAACCAUCAAAAGCUUCCAGUUUUAACGACAAGCUUCGUCCGUUUGAACGUCUGUUCCCUGUACUGGAGAGAAAACGUCAGCAAUAUCAGAACGAGAAAAUGUGGAGCCCAGUGGUACAUUCAACAAAAAAUGAAACGGGACCCGUACCUAGAACACGCUUCAAACACGCCAGUUGUGUAGAUCCCGUGAGACGAGUGGUAUACUUGCUCGGUGGACGCUCUUCUAAUAUUCCUUUGAAAGAUUUCUGGGUUAUGGAUCUCGACACUGGUAUAUGGACGUCACUUGGUUGCAAAGGAGCACCGUUAAAUGUUCAAGAGCAUUCAAUGGUCUACUGGAAGGACUGCGUCUAUGUGUUUGGCGGGAUCUUUGCACCAGCUGACGAAUGUCCUUUAUGGACGUAUACCAUCUCCGAUAACACUUGGAGCAAGUGGCAGUCAAGCAAAAGCUGUGCUCCUAUUUCCAGGAAAGGCCAUACAGCCGUCGUCUACGAGGAUCGUAUGCUUGUUUAUGGAGGAUAUCAAGAUAUGCGAGGAUCACUCGGAGAACUAUGGCAAUUCUCUUUUGAUACCCUUUCGUGGAAAAUGAUCCAUGGUAGUCGAGCAACUAAAUCCUCCGAAGCGAUUCCACCUGGAAGACACAGUCACGCAGCAGUUGUUUUCGAUCAAGGAAUGUGGAUCUAUGGGGGGAUGACUGAUUUGGUGGAAAGAUCGGAUUUGUGGAGGUUAGACCUAGUUACCAUGAGAUGGAGUUCGGUCAAAUGUAAGCCGUUAGGUCCAGGACCCCUUCAUGGACACUCGGCAGUGAGGGUCCGCUCUCACAUGCUCGUAAUUGGUGGCGAAAAGCAGGGCAACUUAUCCGAUGAAGUCUGGCGGUUUCACUUCACUACGGAAACCUGGGAACGUCUAGAAACCCGAAAUCCCAGACCGACGGCUCGUACUCAGUUAACGACCAUCGCCCUAAAUGGAUCUUUCUUCGCUUCUAAUGAUGAACCAAUCUAUUUGGAAGAGCGCCCUUCAUUAACGGGACCUAAUAUUGAAGACAGCGUGCCUACCGAAUGCUCAACUGUUAUCAACGCCGCAAACAAGUCACGUCCUCUUUUCAGCCGGAAUCACGGUUACCAGCCGGUCAAUAGAAAAGAUGAAGAAAUAGAUUGCUCGAACCCCACAGCUUGGCUGACGAAAAGCAGCACGUAUUCAUUGCUCAGCAAUGUGAGCACUGACAGUUUCAUGUCAGAGCUAGAGGAUAGAGCGCAAAAUAUGGUUAAACUAGACAACAAUGUCUGCUCAUCUCGCCGUCCAGGUCAAGCUCGCAGUGAAAGUGUUCAAAAUUUUGCGUCUGCUGCUCGCUCUUCGAUUCCGCGUUCUUUGACAACAGUUCGCUUUAACCCGUUCGAUCCCAACAAGGAAAUAAGUCGCGUUCAGAGAGACGAAACUUUUGACAUCACAACUUCUGAUUACGCUAGCGAAAUAGAUGAGCCGUUCCCUACUGCAUUCAUCGGAAUCUCGAACCCAGUUUACACAGAGUUUUCUUCCUGCGUAGCAGACGAUUUUCUGGAAGGCGAGCAUCGCAGUUUUGCUCAGGCGUUGAACCCAUCCCUCUUUUCUAAAAAUUCCCGUACUACUCGGUUGCGAAAUGAUGUCCUGAAUCAGUUACAUCGCUUGCAUCAUAUUGUGAACGAACGGCGAGUUCAAAACACAACGUUUCCAAAUGCUUCUGAUAAUAAUAGUUCGGAUACAAAGCAUGGUGUUAAUUCUUUAGCUCCCAAUGAAGAAGGCUGGUCCAUUUUAUUGUUAGGUGGCAGAGAACCAGUCCAACUCACGACUUUCGAUCGACCUCUUUCAAUUUGGAUGUUCCGGCUAUAAAUUUUGACUCAACCCAUCCCAUGUUUAUAGAGGAGUAUCAUACAUAUGUAGGAUGUUGUUUGAUUAAAAAUCGUUCGUGUGUGAUAGCUUAGGCGGUAACGAAAGGAUAUUAUUCUUAUGCUGCAUAUUUUGGCCGAUAAAAUAGGUCGAUCGUUUUGGACUUUCUCAGUAUUGAUAUGUGACACAGUCCAAUAGUAAUUUAUGGCCUUUCUUUGUCAAUAUGCGAGUGAGACAUAAGUAUGAUAUCCUAAAUCGUAAUUUCGGUACGAGAACUGAAUACUGCAGUAAUUUGCUAAAUUAAAACUAUAUCAAUCUUUUCCUAACUUCUAAUUCCAUUAUUCUGUCAUUAAACAAUGUAUAACUGUAACAACUUGAAUAGUAGAGAAAAUUAACUAAAUUGUAAAAUGUUGACUAUGUUACAGAAGUCUCACAGAUAAUUCUAGUACUAGUGAUUUUAAAAUAUUCUGUAAAUUUACCAUGUCUGCCAUAUUCGGGUCCAAUUUGCCAACACGGUCUGGUGUAAAUGAUUCUCGAAUGUGAACUAUUUUCAUAAUAGACGAAUAUUUAGCAAAGUGAUGAUGUUGUGAUCAAGUCAUUUGAAGGAUUAGUCAAAAGCAUAAUAACCUAAGAAUUGUUGAAUAAGAAACUAAAUUCCUAUCGCAGUAUCACAUCAACAAUUCAAUAUACCUCGCCAUUAACAAUCAUAUUCAUCUAUACUUUUCAUCUAAUUCAAGCAUAAGCUAGUGCACAUUCAUGUUGCCAUUUACAUGUGAAUUUGGACUGGUCUAGAGCUCUGGACUCUGGAAACCUUCAAACGUAUUUCACAAAAAGAAGUAAUAAGUCUAAUAAGAUAAGAAACCCACAUGUUUGUUUCUUCACUCAAGUUUGCUAAAGCUUGCUUAACGAAUGUAACGUACAUCUGUUGGCUUUGCUUGCUUUUGCCACAGUCCCACAGAUUGUCUUUAUCUAUUAUCUGUGCUUUUGCUUUGCUUUUGCUUGUUGUGAAUUGGGAGCUGUGGGAGUUGUGACUCAGCGAUACGCUUUCUUACUGCAAGUUUUGCUUGGGCAAGGUAUACUACCCUACCUACACGACUCACAUGUUGUUUUCGUUAUUCUUACGUCGCAGUUUCAUGAAACGAUAUUAAUCACCAUUGGAAGAUACGGUGGUGGUCUACAAUCUCUAUAUAUCGGUUGCGAAAGUCUUGAAGGCAUAUAUAGCAUUGUUUUAGCACACAC